AUGACACAGCUAUUGUCAACGGCGCUGUUAAAGAAGAAAGAGACAGUUCUUAAAUGGAUUCGGGACCGGGUAGACUACAGCCGAGAAGCAGAACAAAAGCCAUACACAUUUCACAGAUACAUCAGUUUCCUGGACUGCCAGUUGCCUUGCAUGUCUACCCUGCAACCACAGUUGAGAACUCUAUACAUAAGUAAUGUUGUGGAUGAGGACAUGAAGAUGGACCUGGAGAACUGCCACUCUGUCAACUGGUUGUCUCAAGCCAUCAGACUAACACCUGUUAAUGUACCCAGAGAUGGAAACUGCCUUCUGCACGCCGCAUCGGUGGCAGUGUGGGGUGUGGAAGACAACCGGAACACUCUUCGAGACUUGAUGCUAAUGACGAUCAAGAUCAGCCCUAACUUCAAGAAACGAUGGUGGAGUCAGCUAAUAAAAGACCUACAGUCCCUGAAAAUUGAUGAAUCCGAAAUCAUUGAACAAGAAUGGGAUGAUGUUAUUCGUAGCAUCAGUGACCUGGAUUCCACUACCAAGUCUCUUGCAGUUCCUCACCGUUUCCUGGAAGGUAUUCACAUCUACAUAGUGGCCAACAUUUUACGUCGCCCAAUCAUUGUUGUUACGAACAGCAUUGUCACAUCUGUGGCCGGACAUGACCUGCAGGAGAAUCACAUUGGCGGCGUGUAUUUGCCCUUAGAGUGGGCUCCCAUAGAGUGUUGUAAGACCCCCAUUAUUUUAGGGUACAGCUUAAACCAUUUCUGUCCAUUACUGUCAGAAACACAGUCAGAGUUUGGUGGUUCUCAGCAGGAGAAGAAAGAUGUGCACAUGUUUCCUCUUGUUGCCAGUGACCUUAGUUUUCUUCUCGUGAGAUAUCUUAAAAAUGAAGAAGAGUUGCAAGCCUGGGAUUUAAUUAAUUCUUACCUCCUGGUUGAAGAGAUAGAAACACCAGAGACCGGAACAAGAAUUCCUUUUGUGAGGAUGCAACUCAGACCUUUGGAGCAGGGACAGAACUCAUUUUUUGAACUGUUGAGACUGUUCAAGGACAGGCUGAAAGAGGCUGAAUUUGAAAAGAAUGCACAGGGUCACAUGUACACAACGCUGAGUCCAACUCAGCAAAGAAAUCAUCCGUUCUAUGAUAUUGAGAUGAACAGCCAGACUGAAGUUGUGUCAAUAAAAAAUCCCACUGGACACCUGGGAGAAAGCAAAGAUACUUCUCAUCUGCACAACCAGGCAGAACAGAAAAUGAAUAAUACUGCACAAAUGUGUAUUAGGGAAGGCUGCAGAAAGCAGGGCUGUGAGAAACUCAACAACAUGUGCUUUCAUUGUUACAGAACUCAAGCCAGCAUGUCUCAAGAUAAGAAUGUUAGCAAACCAGCUUUUAAGAAUACUGUCUUCACAACUGAGGGUUAUGUUGAAGCUCCCACUGAAGCACCAGGUCUUGCCAUUACUCCAACUGCACCACCAUUGUCAUUAGAACCACCUUCAAAUGAUCCGCUACUGUCCAUGAUGACAGUGAGAUGUAUUAAUGGCUGUGGAUACAGAUGUUCAAACCAGACCUAUCCUUACUGUCAUGAGUGUUCCCUGAUUCAGAAAAAGGAAUCUGAACAGAAUGUGAAUGCAUCAACUCUAGAUCAGAAUUCUGUCAUUAUACAUUUAGGACCUGCUACAGGAGUCCAUGAUCCAGAGAACUCUGGCAUGAAUUUCAUGGAAGCUGUAUUGUCAUCAUCACCAGCAAGUUCAACCCCUAUCUCCUCCUGGAUGCUGGAAAGUGGAAAUAAUAGCCAUUUGUUAAGCUUUCCAAGUAAUGAAUCGUGUCAGCCUCCAAAAAGUGGAUCUAAAACCUUGAUGGAUAAGAACUGCAAGCAUUUUGACCUCUGUUCUGGUGUUAAAAUGCUAGAUCAUGAUAUCUGCUUCAGCUGUGCUCAAAAAGAGGAAAGUCCAACAAACACUAGCAAAAAUGCAGAGACUGAAACACAACUGUCAGGGGACAGAAACAUGAUCAUUGCAGAAGCAAGUACCAAAGGCAGUCUUAAAGAUUUGGCUACAAGUUUCGCUGAGAUGGUUGCAGGCUGCAUGUCUGGUGAUAUUGAGGUUUCAGAGGAGCCAACUUGUAAAGUCGAGUGUCCUUUUUGUGGCAACCUAAUUUUUCCUCAAGAAAAACUUUGUAAAAAAUGUAAAGACAUUCUUCAGAAAGGUUAUGAGCAAACAUCUGAAUAUAGGGAAAUCAAUCCGGUUACUUUGAACACUGCUUCAAAACUUCAAUCACAAAAAAUGGGUACAGGAUCAUUACAGGAUAAAAAACAUUCAGGUAAAUUAUCAUCAAACCAGGAAAGUGAAGGUAAAAUUGAGGGUCACAAAAAAGGUUUAGAAAUUUCACAUUCUACUUCUAAACUAGCACAGUUUGUGUCAACAGAAUCUAAACCUCAUCCUACCCAGGGGAAGCGCUGCAUAAAAGCAGGGUGUUCUAACUAUGGUGAUCCAGUGAUGGACAACAAAUGCAGCUCAUGUUAUUAUGAAUUCAAUCCCUUGGCAAAGCCUCAGAGUUCCUUGGUAGCUGAGAAGAAAACUAAAGCUGCCUCACUGUAUCCAAAGCAAGAUGCCAAUGAGAAACUGUCUAAGAAACAAUUAUACAGUCACAGCAUAAACUCACAACCGACAGAGCAAUUAUCUUAUACUCAAAAGAUAAAUAGGCCUACACCAGCUGACCUGCAGAUGCACUCUUCAGGUGCUAAAACGGCUCCUGUAAAAGUAAUUCCCUGUGCCUUUCAUGGUAAUGAAUCACACUCAGAGCAUCCACAUUCUCUUAGGGAUGUUAUGGUUACUUCAAAGUCAGGAUACAGUUCCUAUUCCAGUUUCCAUCCUGGUGACGAAUCUUCCUUACAACCCCUGCCGGAACAUACAUCCUAUUCUUUUAACCACAAUUCAGAUAAAAGCUUUGAGAGGACAUUUCAGACCAUAGAAGUUGAAGCCAAGAAAAGUGUCAGGAAAUGUGUGUCUCCACAUUGUCAUAACUAUGGCAACAAACACAAUAAAGGAUACUGCAAUUCUUGCUUCAGAGUGAUCCGGAAACAGAUGAUUCUUGAACAGGAAGCCGUCUAUGCAAUGGAUGUUCCAGACAAAGUGGUCUUAGAUGACAUAUACAGAAUGGAUGAUACCAGAAAAUAUCCUUGA